GCGGGCGCUGCCGCCAUUUUGCUCGCGCUGAGGUGAGGCGGCAGCAGUCGCGACGUCCGCCGGUACACGGAACGGGACAGAGGCGCGAGGCCCUCGCCGCGGGCGUCAUCCCCUAGUCGCCGCCGCCACCCCCGUCAUUGCCACAGCCAUCAUGCCGUCGUCGCCGCUGCGAGUGGCCGUGGUGUGCUCGAGUAACCAAAACCGGAGCAUGGAGGCGCACAACAUCCUCAGCAAACGAGGAUUCAGUGUCAGAUCCUUUGGAACAGGAACUCAUGUGAAACUUCCAGGACCAGCACCAGACAAGCCGAAUGUUUAUGAUUUCAAAACAACAUAUGAUCAGAUGUACAAUGAUCUUCUUAGGAAAGACAAAGAACUCUAUACACAGAAUGGUAUUUUGCACAUGUUGGACAGAAAUAAGAGAAUCAAGCCCCGGCCAGAAAGAUUCCAGAACUGUAAAGAUUUGUUUGAUCUCAUCCUUACCUGUGAAGAGAGAGUCUAUGACCAGGUAGUAGAAGAUUUAAAUUCCAGAGAGCAAGAGACCUGCCAGCCAGUGCAUGUGAUUAAUGUGGACAUUCAGGACAACCAUGAAGAAGCCACCCUAGGAGCCUUUCUCAUUUGUGAGCUCUGUCAAUGUAUACAACACACGGAAGACAUGGAAAACGAGAUUGAUGAGCUGUUACAGGAAUUUGAGGAGAAAAGCAGCAGGACUUUCCUCCACACAGUCUGCUUUUACUGAUGCCAGCCCUGGCUUCCCAGGCCUAGGAGCUGAACGAAGCAUGUAUUCUGCCAGAAGGAGGCAGUAUUACCCAAAUAAAUUGUACAUAUAAAAUGAGGAGAGAGAGAUACAUAAAGGCCAUAUGAAAAAAAUCAAGUUUUUUUUUUCUAUCCCACUUUUCCUUCUUAUAAGUGGGAUAUUAAUUAUAAUGAGGAUUUUUUUUCUUUAAAUGAAAAAAAGGAAGGUUUAUAUUGUAUUUUUUCCCAGCUUAUUCAUUUCUUUAGUUGUACAUUUUUCUUUAUUGUAAUUGGCUGGAGUAUACAAAGACCUGAAUGAAACAAUGGAGUGUAUAUUACUAGGUAUGAACUUGGCACUGUCCUUUGCCUUUUUUCUGAACCUGGAUCCAGUCAUGUUGCACUAAAAGGAGGUUGUUGAUGGAAAGCCUGGAUUCAGGAUAGGUUCUGAAAAAGGAAACUUGACAGUAGGGGCACAGCAGCAGAGCCACCAUUCUGCCUGGCCGUGGUUGGCCCACAGACAUCCCCAGGGACCCUGGCCUUCCUCAGGAUGCCCUCCUCUUCGCUCAAAAAUGUUGUUGAUGUUGCUGGACAAAUCUUGUCUCAGCGCACUAAGAAAUUCAACACAGACUCUGAGCAAACCUUAUUGUGGUUGGUUUUGUUUUGUUUUUAGAGUUAAAAAAAAUUAACAAGUUCUCAGAAGGGUUCCUUGUUUUAUGACUCUUAAGAGAAUCUUCCCAGCAGGAGGAGCCCCCUUAGAUUCAGGUGAGGUGCCUAUUCCACAAAAGCUUCCUCAGCACCUUGGAGAGCUCCAGUCUCCAGUUCAUUGGAGGGGCACAGAUGGACAGCUCUGUUAACCGUCAUUUUGACUUUGAGGUCUCUUCACAUAUUUGCUGCUCCCCUCAUGCUGGAUGAUGGAGUAGGAUAAUUUAUGAAACCACACAGGAAGAUGGCCUUGAUUUAAAAGUCCUGGUGCUCUCCCCAGUUGGGUCUGGUCCAUGAUGGGGUCUGACUCCCUAAUUCUUCCGAAGCCUGCAGAAGAGAAUGACAAGCUGUUUGCUGAAGAGCCCUGGAAGGAAGGGGAUGGAUGGUGGUCAUGUCUUUGGCGUCCACCUCCCAGGGGCCUAGGGUGGGGCCUCAGAAUGCCUGGUCUUCCUUAAUAACCCUUGCUGGAUCUGUCAAACACAAGCUCACCUAUUUUCCUGUCUGUAUUGUCAGCCUGUGUUACCUCUUGAGGUAAUAAAUUUCUGACUUAAUAAAUUAAAUAAAUAAUAAACAUGU